CAUUCGGACUCAGGUUAAUCUAGCCACUUUCAUAUUCACUUCAUCGAGCAAUCCAAUUCAGUCCACAGGUACCUACCUAGGUACAGUACCCAGUUCUAUUUGACCAUCGCUGUUACAAACUCUCCACUCAAACAACUUACACGCAAUUGACCAAUCAUCAACGUCCUCACUCUCAGCAACCAUGAGUCGUCGACAAGACCACCACCAGCAGCGCCACUACGGCCAGACAUACAACACAGACAGCUCUAGGAAUUGGAGUGACGAGGCUGUCAGAGGCAGCUGGGAUUCAAACUACAACUACCAGAGAACAACUUCAGCCAACACAUCACCAAGAGACCAGUCUCAGGCCUGGAGGCGACCAAGUCCCCAAGCCUACGACAGACGCCAGACCAUGGUUAACCAAUGGCUUGGCCAACAGUACAGCCAUGACUCCUCGAAUGUAGUAGAUGCUGUUUCUGAUCUAACAACUCCCACGACAUCUCCGGCCUUUAGCGACUCUCCCACGUUUCCCUCCCGAACUCAGGAAGCACCUCCAUAUCAGACACAUGCUGUCACCAAUGACUUUCUCGCACCGCCUUUGAGGACUUGUAUCCCCCACCGACCGCAUGAUAGCUACUACCCCAAUGCUCCCCCAGCUUCCUCUCGAGGCUCUACAUCUUACCGCCUUGACAACAGAUCUGUAGACUAUCGACACGUGGAGCCCAGGUCAGCCGAGCAAGAUCUUCGAGGAGUUGGCUCGUUUGCCGACAAUGAUCGCUCACGCCGGGAAGUCAAGUACAAACCACUCAGCAAUUGGUUUGGCCUCUGGUUACCCCCUCAAGAAUGAGCUUGGCCACAUCAACACCCAAGAUUCUACACCACUUCCACUUCAAUGCUACGCAACGAUCUCAAGCGCCCAGCUACAGAUUCUGGAGAAAAUGCAUCUAGAAGAGUAUUGUACUCUUCAUUGCGCCUCGAUUUCUCUCGUUUCAUCUCUUGUUUUUCUUUCCAGAUUUCUCCCUCUCUCAUCUCUCUAACACAGCCUGCCUGCCUGAUUUGCAUACAUACAUACAUACAUACAUACAUGGGUUAUGUUGGGUUCACAUAUUUCCUCUAUUUAACAUGGCAUUUCUUUUUCGAUCAGACAGUCACAUUCCUUUGAUUGUGUUAGACCAGUGUUGUGAUCUUUCAUACAAGUCCUCUCUCUUUUUUCUUUAUUCUGUGUAUAUCUGAUUCAUCACGACAAUCUCUGUCUCAUGGACGAGCCUUUUAAACAAUGCAAGCCAUUGUAGAAGAUAUUCAUUCCCAUGAUGCAUUUUUCAUUUUCUCUAUAAAACAAAGCGUUUCUCUUUUUCCUUCCUUCUAUCCGAAAAAAAAAAAUGACUGUCUGUUCUAAUUCUGUCCCCUUCAUUUAUUGACCCCCUUCUCCUUUUCCUUUCUCAAAGCCUCCAGGCCUUGGAGCAAAUCCCUCUUGAGAUCUUCAAGACCCUCAACACCAAUGCUCACCCGUAAAAGUCUCUUAUCAAUCUUAGGAUCAGUCAUCGCACGCCACUCAAUCAAACUCUCAACACCACCCAAGCUAGUGGCAUGGUGGAACAAUUUCAACUUGGAUGGCAGUCGCUUAGCGACAUCUCCAUCGCGAAGAUACACCGAGAAAACAGGGCCAUAGCCAUUGGGCAUCUGCUUCUGCAACCAACUACCCUCAAUUGAUGCCUCGGGUUGGAGACUGGCGUGCUGAACUCGCUCGACUAGGGCGCCGAUUGCAGAUGAAGGAUCGCGCUGCUGCUCAGCCAACCAGUCAACCAGUGCAGUAGCAGUAGCGCUCUGGCGCUGGACGCGGAGCUCGAGGGUUCGAAGGGAGCGGAUACCCAGCCACCCCUCCAAGCUACCCAUAACAGAACCAAGAAGAAGGCGGUCAUUGAGGAGACUACGUUCCCAGUCUUUGUGCUUGUGAUUGACAGACAGCGUACCGCAGAGCAUAUCGGAGUGACCACCAAAGUAUUUUGUGCCGCUAUGCAUGACAACAUCAACGUCAUACUUGAAAGGAUCCUGCAGAGGAGGUGGUGCAAAUGUCGCAUCAACAGUCAGGUAAGCACCAGCUUUCUUGGCCUUUUCAGCAUAUGCUGCAAGAUCGCGUGCCUCGCCAGUGGGGUUAAGAGGCGUCUCGACAUGGAUGACAUCGCCGGGCUCAAGAUCCUCAACAGCACAGUCCAAAGGCAGUGUCUUGAGACCUGUCAGGCGAGAGAGAAUGCUGAUCACUCCGUGGCAGCCGUGGUAGCCAUCUCCAAUGGCAAUACGCUUAGGGUUCAAAUGGACCAACAUGGCGUGGAAAGCAGACAGACCAGAAGAGUAAGUAAUCGUUGGAGCGCCAAUGACGGAUGUGAGAAUUGCCUCGAGACGAGUGGUGUUGGGACCAGUUGCCCGAGAGUAGACAUGAGAGUCCAGAGGGUUGUUGGGCUACACAAGUUUAGCAAAAUUCGUCAUGAGAUGUCAGAAGGAUGUCAGGGGUGUUCAUGAUGGUAUUGGGUCAACUCUAGUCAUGAUAUUCCCGACCAUCUGGUAGUUUCUUCUGGAGACACCUGCAGCAAAUCAAGACAAGGAAGCAUGCACACUUACAUCGGUAUUAUCCCAGGCCUUCAGAGCAUCAGGGUCAUUGCUGUACCUGAAAGUCGUGCUGACAUGCAUAGCCGGCGCAACAGCUCUGUGUGACUGGAUGCCUUCAUCGGCAUGAACAGCGCGGGAUGCCAGUGUCAGCCCGGCGAGGGAGCUAUCAAGUCCGGUCUGGGCCCCGGCUGUACCGUCCGGUACCGAUGAGACGUCCUUGAGGUUGGUAGGAACUUCGUCAGAGGCCAUGAUCUCCUUCUUUGCCUUUUCAGUUGUUUUGAGAAUUUGAUGGAAAUUUGUAAGUUGAUGGAUAUAGUAGCAGUCCAGGUCUAUAUGUGCUCGUGUCUGGCGCCCUCCGAGUGAUAGAGCGGGGCCUCUAAGGAAGGAAUCUAUCAAUGACAAGCACGCAAUAACAAGUGGAUGCAGCCGUUGGAACAAUUUCUACGGUUUCUUUUUACUGGACUGUCUCCGUCAUCGGCUAUAUUACCACGCCCUAUGGCAAGAUCAUGUUAUGCUGAAUAUAAUCUAAUUAUCCAAUCAAUGUCGCAUC